AGCCAAUGUAAGUCCACAAGAACAGUAAAUCCAAAGUCCAUAAGAAGGAAGGCUGAGUCUUCAACGAAAGCCCAUAUCUGUUAUCAUCAUUUCUUCUUGGAAAUCCAGAAAAAUCUUACACUUUAACCAGAGCUUUCCCGGAGCUUACUCCAGAUUUAUUUCACGAUCCCCAAAAGAAAGAGAUCAAAAUCAUAUCAAGAAAUCAUGGCAACUGCGGUUGAAUUUCUUCCCAAAGAGUAUGGUUAUGUAGCUAUUGUUCUCGUCCUCUACUGUUUCCUCAAUAUGUGGAUGGCUGUUCGAGUGGGCCAAGCUCGCAGAAAGUACAAGGUUUUCUACCCAACCAUGUAUGCUUCAGAAGCUGAGAAUAAGGAUGCUAAGCUCUUUAACUGUGUUCAGCGAGGACACCAGAAUUCGCUGGAAAUGAUGCCCAUGUUUUUCGUGUUGUUGAUAUUAGGAGGGUUUCAGCAUCCAGUCAUAUCUGCUUCCCUUGGCUUGUUUUACAUUAUAACUCGAUAUUUCUACUUCAAAGGCUAUUCCACUGGGGUCCCUGAUAAACGCCUUUCCAUUGGGUCAGUUCUCUUUAUUCCUCUGUUUCUUUAGGCCCCUUUAUGCUUAAUUGGCUAAAGGUUAUUAAUAAUUACUAUGCUUAUUCUAGUUAUAUGGUUGUUCUGAUUGUAAUGUUCAUGAAACUGAAAGGAGUGACUGACUGAUCCUACUAUUUCAACAUGUAUUUGUGCAGGAUAUAUGGCUUUGUAUCUCUUUUAGGGCUAACGAUCUGCACUAUUUCUUUGGGCGUCCAUCUGAUCACUGCUUGAAAUCUUCAUGGAACAUCCUCAGCAGCCUCAGUUUGCUUUAUCAUAAAUCCCACAGGAUUAGGCAGCUUAGCUUGUGUUUUCGAUCCCUUGUUUACUUGAGUUUAGCUGAUUAAGACUACUUCUCUGCGAUGAUGUAGGUUUUGUAUGUUGUGUGUUUUAGUCAUUUUGACUGUAAUAAAUAAUGAUGUAUGUACACACUCUUUCGUGUGUUUGUGUUGUUCUAACUUUGGUCACACUGCCGAUGGUGUUGGUCUUUUUCUAUUCUGUUUUUCUCUAUUGAUUUACUCCCCUUCGAUCUUAUUUAUAAGGUUAUGUGGAGAAAUUCAUAAUGGAUAUGGACACAUGAAUUAAAAACUUCUCUUUCUUUUAAAUAUUUUUACAUUUGUUGAAACUAAAAUGUUUGCAAAUGCUGAACUCAACUGGACAGAGAAGAUAGCUCAUCAAAAGAGAAAAGGUCUACAAAACCGAUGCAUCUGUCAAGUUUCGAGGAUAACAUGUCCGCCCUUUGCAGACAUAAGGGUUUUUGCCGGAAUCCUGCUUCCUAAAUCAAGGAAAUCUUCUUUUAACUAAAUAGUCUCAAAACAAAUUAGUAUAAUUGAAACGAGGUAACUAUAUGACAACAUAUGAAUAUCUGAAAUCUGAAUCAACAUAAAGUUGGAGUUAUCCAGAUCACAGGUACUUGGUCGUUUUGGUCACCUUUAAAUCCUUCAAGUUUGCUGCCAAUCUCAUGAUGCAUGCGAAAAACGGCAAUGUCGUGGUGAUGAAUGCGACGACCACCACGGAUGAACAGGGGAUGUUCUGUUUCGAGAGUAUCCGUAAAAUAUAUGGAAUUCGGGUUGAAGUUAGGAACACAGAUUGCGGAAGUGCAAUAAUCAUCAUGAUCAGCCCAAAAUAGGGAAUCAUUGCUUCCCAACUCCGAUAUCUGUAUCCAUUCAGAAUCUCCUUUGUCCUUUGAGCUCUUGAUUGCCUUCUUCGCCAGCUUGUGGACCUCGACUAUUCCAAAACUUUGCAGAUUGUAGGUCCUAGGCUUACAAUAAUGCAGAACUUUCACCACAAGUAACAAGUCUUUAUUCGAAGUUUCCAUCAAACAGAACACACCUGGUCUGCAUUCCUCGAAACGAGGAAUGGAAGGGAAUUGUGGCUACCAAAUACAAUUUCAUGAAUGGGAUGGUUGCUCUUAAAGCCGAUUGCGACAAUCCUACAACUUUCCUUCAGGACAUAAAGCAACUCAUUAUGAAAAAUAAUGUCACGAAUCGCUCCAUAAUAUGCUCCAUUUCGAGCAAAACUCCGAGUUUUUUGGCCUACUCUCAUGAAGGCUGCAUCAUGGGUUCCCGGACCUCGGAACCAACAAAUUGCUCCGAGGAAGAAAUCAUCAGGAGAUGUUGUUGGGUUGCAAGACAGAAUAACUUUCCGGAAUAAACCACGUGUACCACCACCAUACAUUACGCCUGGAGUUUUGAUGGUUUUUCGGGUAAAAGGAUUGACAAGAAUAACGAAAUAUCGGUUUCGACUAAAGGGAUUAGUAGUAGUGAUACGCUUGACAAGGGAUUUAUCUAAUUUUUCUUCCUGGAACAUGAUCAACCAGCCAUAAGAGGAACCUAAGUAAAAAUAGCCAGGAUCAUAAUGAUUCAUGUGAGGAAGUUGGAUUUCGUGGUUGUAGAACUUACCUUCAGUAAUGCUGUAUAGUUUGGAGGAGUGAAAUUUGGAUGGAUUGUUUGUGUCAUGUAUCUCUUGCUUGGAGAUCAAAAGCAUCGGCGGCUGUUCAUGAAUUUUCGCGAUUCGUUUUGGUUUUUGAUUAAGAGAUAUGAACCGCCACGAUUUGCAGACAGACCCAAAUCGGAUGUAAUCGGUAACAAGAAACAAUUUUGUUGGUACCAAAUCCAGAAUAUCUGCUGGAAUGUUUGUCCAGUCUUCAAAUGACUGUUCCUGAUCGAUUGAUUGAAAGAGAUUUGGGCAUAUUGAAAGUUUGACGAA